AAGCACACUAUUGUGAACUACAGAGUUUAAAUAACGUAUACGUUAAACGGAAUCAGUGCAAUUCUCUUCAAAUAAUUUAAAACCAAAAAUUUUAUGUCGGAAAGAAAAAUUUUAAACAUAUAUUACAAUAUUGCGUAAUUUUAUUUUUGAUACAAAUGGUUAAACUAUUAAAGUGUGUUAUACAUAUAUACACAAAAUGUUGAUCUGGCAAACUGUUUUAAAACUAAGCAAGCAAAAUUAUUGUCAAAACCGGCUGUGUGCAAGCGAUUGGUGAAAUUCAGGUAUUGAAGGAGUUAAAUUUCUCAGAUUACAAUUUCCAUUGUUUAUAGAGGCGUAAAUAAGUAAUUAACUAAUUUAUACCAAAAGAAUAUGUCGCUGCUGCCGGGACCAUUAGGACAGGGACCAUUAAUACAGAAUGCUAUUGAACCGAUGCAAGUGGACGCGCCCAUAGAGGACAAUGAUAACAAUGAAGAGCACCAGCUUAUUGUUGAGAACCCAUCACUUGAUCUUGAGGUAUAUGCUAACUCUUACACGGGCUUAGCGACUUUAUAUCGUUUAAAAUUUGUCGCCGAUGUAUGCCCAACACUACGUUUGGAGGCCCUGAAAAUGGCUAUAAAGCAUGUAAUGACUACUUAUAAUGUUAGCAUGUAUCAAUCGCUGCACAAAAAGCUCUUAGAGUUAAAUGCUGGUGCAGCUAGUGGUUCGGGACAGGCUGGUGCUGUCGGCCUACCCGAUGUAGCUGCCCAAUCUGGUACGUCAGCUGGUGGUGGUGCUGGUACAGAUGCACUAGACUUGCCAGCUUUCGACAGCAAUUGGGUCGAAACGAAAAGCAAACAAGCUGCAUUCAAUUUGGAGAAAUUAGACUCGGAUUUAAAGAAUUAUAAAUCAAAUUCGAUCAAAGAAAGUAUACGACGUGGUCAUGACGACUUGGGCGAUCACUACUUAAGCUGUGGUGAUCUGACCAACGCUUUGAAAUGUUAUUCACGCGCACGCGACUAUUGCACUAGCGGAAAACAUGUUAUCAAUAUGUGUCUGAAUGUUAUCAAGGUGUCGUUGUACUUACAAAACUGGGCUCAUGUGCUUAGUUAUGUAAAUAAAGCAGAGAGCACUCCCGAUUUUAUGGAGGGUCCUAAAGAAGCCAAUUUGUCCGUUGCCACACGUCUCAAAUGCGCAGCAGGUCUCGCUGAGCUACAAACAAAAAAAUAUAAAUCAGCGGCAAAAAAAUUUUUGCAAGCCAGCUUCGAUCACUGUGAGUUCCCAGAGAUGCUAUCACAAAACAAUGUUGCUAUGUAUGGUGGACUUUGUGCACUGGCCACUUUCGAUCGUCAAGAAUUGCAGAAAAAUGUAAUAUCUUCAAGUUCGUUUAAGCUGUUUUUGGAAUUGGAACCCCAGCUACGCGACAUAAUAUUCAAAUUCUACGAAUCCAAAUACGCAUCCUGCCUAAAGUUACUCGAUGAGAUUCGCGACAAUUUGUUGCUAGACAUGUACAUAGCUCCGCACGUAAACACGCUCUAUACAAAAAUACGGAAUCGUGCGCUUAUUCAAUACUUUAGUCCUUACCUAUCUGCUGAUAUGCGAAAAAUGGCAACUGCGUUCAAUCGCAGUGUGCCCGCUUUGGAGAAUGAAGUUAUGCAAUUGAUACUAGAUGGUCAAAUUCAAGCGCGUAUCGAUUCUCAAAACAAAAUACUAUGCGCCAAAGAGGCGGAUCAGCGUAACAACACAUUUGAGCGUGCUAUAAGCAUGGGUAGAGAAUAUCAAAGACGUCUGCGUAUGUCCAUUUUGCGGGCCGCAAUGCUUAAGAGUCACAUUCAAGUCAAGAAUGUCCCACGUGACUCUGGAAAUCACGGUACCGACUUUUGUGUCUCCGCUGGUUCGAGCACCACCACCGCCGUCAGGAACUGAAUUUAUUACUAGGAUUCAGAUAUUGGACACAACUAACAUAUUAAUAAAUUUAGAAUUUUAUUCAUUAAAACAUGUACAAAAUAUUUGCAAGAAAUUGUCAUUGUUUUUCGGCAUAGAAAUUUCGGUUCAUAAAUGGAUCAACAUGAUUCCCCCAAACUAACACGCCCUUAAAUUUAAAA